AUGUCUAUGUACUGCGACAACUUUAGCAUGUACCAACAGAACCUGCAAACUUCUCAGAGACCACCAAAUUAUGGAAUAGGAGACUUUGCUCCUCCAGCAAAUCCUUACUUGUGGCUUGGUGGCCCUGGCAACAACCCCUCUCCUUACAUGCCUUCAUCUUAUGGAUCUCAGAGACAGUUUCUGCCAAAUUCAACUGGCUUUGGUGGCGCAGACCUUGGCUGGCUGUCUGUUGCUUCUCAGGAGGAAAUUCUCAAGCUGGUGAGGCCUCCAUAUUCCUAUUCCGCCCUCAUCGCAAUGGCAAUACAAAAUGCUCCCGAAAAGAAACUCACUCUGAGCCAAAUCUACCAUUAUGUGUCCGGCAACUUUCCCUUCUACAAGAGGACCAAAGCAGGCUGGCAGAAUUCCAUCAGGCACAAUUUGUCCCUUAACGAUUGCUUCAAGAAAAUUGCUAGAGAUGAAAAUGAUCCAGGUAAAGGAAAUUAUUGGACUCUGGAUCCCAACUGUGAGAAAAUGUUCGACAAUGGGAAUUUCCGUCGUAAAAGAAAGAGCAAAUCUGAGUCAAACACAAACAAGGUAAUAACAAAUGAGGAAGAUGGCACCAUCUCAAGUAAAAAAGAAAGUGAUAGUCCAGCUUUGUCCUCCCCAUCCUUGGAGACAUCACCGCAUGACACAAAAUCCAACUUGGCACCAGUACCAGCAUCAGCACCAGCGGUUUCUUAUACACCUUGCUUGAGCAACUUUCUUAACAGCAUGGCAUCCAUGGACACAAACUCGGCGAGCAAACAAAUGCCCUUUGGUCUGGCGAACGAACUUUCUCAAAGGAAUAUUUCAACCAUAAACAGCUUUAGCUCAAUCUCUCCUGCAGAUUCAUCAGGAGACAUACCAGAAAAUAGCCUGUUCUACAGCAGAAUGCCUUAUUACAACUCCUUUUCCACAACCAACCAAAAGCCACCACAGUUUCUACAGCAACUACAACAGCCUCACAUAUAUGGGAAGUAUUAA